UGAUUGGGUAGGUUGAUGCGUGCACAUAUUCCAAAUCCAAUACGGCAAUACCCAUACCCCCAUGAACCGAAAGAGAAAAGAGGGACGAGAGAGAAAAAGAUUCAUUCAAUUAUGGGUUUCUCGAAGGAUAAUCUGAUUGGGUUUCUGCUGGCUCUUUCGUCAAGUGCGUUCAUAGGAGCCAGCUUCAUUAUCAAGAAGAAAGGCCUCAGGAAAGCAGCCGCUGCUUCUGGUGUCAGAGCUGGUGUUGGUGGGUAUUCGUAUCUUAUGGAACCUCUGUGGUGGUUGGGCAUGAUCACAAUGAUUACUGGCGAGGUAGCAAACUUCGUGGCAUAUGCAUUUGCCCCUGCAGUUCUAGUAACCCCUCUUGGUGCAUUAAGUAUAAUUAUCAGUGCUGUAUUGGCUCACUGUAUCCUGAAGGAGAAGUUGCAUCAACUCGGGGUUUUAGGAUGUGUGAUGUGUAUAGCUGGUUCUGUCAUCAUUGUCAUCCAUGCACCGCAAGAGCGUCCUAUAACUUCAGUUCAGGAGAUUUGGACUAUGGCAACUCAGCCAGCCUUUUUGCUGUAUGUUGGAUCAGUGAUCGUUUUGGUAUUCAUUCUGAUCUUCUAUUUCGCACCUCAAUGUGGGCAUUCAAAUGUGAUGGUUUUCACCGGAAUUUGUUCGUUGAUGGGUUCACUUUCGGUGAUGAGCGUUAAAGCCCUUGGAACUUCAUUGAAAUUGUCAUUGGAGGGAAAUAACCAGUUAAUCUACCCAGAGACGUGGUUUUUUAUGAUUGUUGUGGCUACAUGUGUCGUCACCCAGAUGAAUUAUCUCAACAAGGCUCUUGACACUUUCAACACUGCAAUUGUUUCCCCCAUAUAUUAUGUCAUGUUCACUUCGCUUACAAUCAUUGCCAGUGUUAUUAUGUUCAAGGACUGGGAUGGGCAAAGUGGGGGAAGCAUCGUAUCAAAUAUAUGUGGCUUUAUUGUUGUGCUUUCUGGAACCAUCUUGUUACACGUGACCAGAGACUUCGAGAGAAGUUCACCUUUCAAAGCAAACGCAGGUAAUUAUGCGCCCCUUUCACCUUCGUUUUCAGCUGGACUGUGUAAUGGAAACGGGGAAUUGCCGAACCAUGAAGAGGAAGAUGAGCCAUGUUCCGAGGAAGUUUGCCUAAGAAGACAAGAACUCUACCCAUAGACAAACGAAAUACAGCCCUUAUUAGUUUACGGAAAAAGUAGGCAAGGUGAAGUUCAAAUUCAAAGAACUGCUAAUAGAGAGGAUGCUAGUCAAAUAAUUCAAGAUGGCAGCUAAAGAUCAACUCAAUAGCGCAAUGACAAAAAAAGGUUCUCAAGAACUUGUUUGGUUGAUUGUUCAGUGAGUCAGUGACUAACAUUCUUAGGGCUCAAAUCUAUAGAUAUAGUGAGCAUACUGGAUCUUAGGGGCGGUUGCUAAUUUGUACAGAGCGUGCAAGAUUGAUGAUUUUGAAAAUGUGAAGCGUAGUUCGUUGAACGUCUGAAAAAUGAAGGGUGGUUUUUUGGGUAUUGACAUGAGAUUAUGCAAAACUAGGUGGACCUAAAAACCAAAUCAAAUGAGUGCUGGAUCCCCUGGGCAAAAACCUCCACUUGACAAUUCAUUUGCAGUUGUGCUACACUGGGAACUUAGUGGUAUUCUUCAAUUGUUGGGGGUGAAUUUUUUCUUGAAAGGAGUCUUUGUACAGUAUUUGUUAGCAUUAACUAAAAAUCUAAUUGAUUGAUUGAUAUUGUUUGAAACUUUUAAAGUGAGACUUGAUGUGUA